AUGGCGGCGGGGCGGGGCUGGGCCGGCAUGGCGGCGCCGGCGGCGCUGCGGAGGUGGUGGAUGUUGGCGCUGGGCGGCCGGACGAGCCGCUGCUCCGCUCCGCCGUGCCCAGGCCGAGCGCUGCCGAGGCCCCCGGGCGGCCCUGCCCGCCCCGCUGGCUCCCUGCUGCGCUGGGCUUCGUCCUUCUCCGAGCCGGGCCCGACGGAGAGCGGCCCCAGCGAAGGACAGAUCUUCCUCAGCGAGAGCUGCGUGAAGAGGCUGCUGGAGAUUGCAGAAGGAUCAGAGUUUCUCAGGCUGCAGGUUGAAGGAGGUGGCUGCUCUGGCUUCCAGUACAAGUUUUCCUUGGACACAGUUAUCAAUCCCGAUGACAGGGUGUUUGAACAAGGUGGUGCCCGUGUGGUUGUGGAUGUGGACAGCCUGGCCUUUGUGAAAGGAUCCAUGGUGGAUUUCAGCCAAGAGCUGAUCCGAAGCUCCUUCCAGGUGGUGAGCAACCCCCAGGCAGAGAAGGGUUGCUCGUGUGGAACUUCCUUCUCUAUCAAAAUCUGACUGGACUUACCAUGGAUGGACACUGUUUGCAGACACUUUUGGCAGAGGGUUUAUGUUUGUUCUUUUCUCUGCUGCUCCCUCUCAUCUCCCUUACCCUGUGACACAGCUGUUACAGAAUACUGCUGCUGUGUGUGUGUUUGCACUGAGCCUGUCUCCAAGACUUAUUGGCCUUCCCUUCAGAAACAAUGCAGUAACCAUGAGCACGCACACAGGAGCAUCUUCAGCACCUUGUGAUCUGCUGGCCAGGUGGUGCUGACUGGCCAGCCCUGUCCUGAUUGUGGAACUACUUAACUGUCUCUGCAAGAGAAGGCUGUAUAUA